CAGCAUUUCCCUGAGGAAGAGGCACCGGGACUGCUGCUCUCCUCACAGGCUUGGGUUACAUUUCCAGGAAAGUCUUUCUGACGCUGCACCACAGAACUUCAGUACUGAGUGUGUCUUCUCAACAUGGCCACCGCCAUCUCCCCUCUGCCACUCGCCACCGAGGAUGCCAGUUCUGAGAACAGUUCCUUCUAUGACUACUACUACCUAGAUGAGGUGGCUUUCUUGCUCUGCAGGAAGGAUGAUGUCCUGUCCUUUAGUAGAGUCUUCCUGCCAGUCUUCUACAGCCUGAUUUUUGUGUUGGGCCUGACCGGGAACCUCCUCCUUCUCGUGGUCUUACUCCGUUACGUGCCUUGCAGGCGGAUGACUGAGGUCUACCUUCUGAACCUGGCCAUCUCCAACCUCCUGUUUGUGGUGACUUUGCCCUUCUGGGGCAUCUCCGUGGCUUGGCAUUGGGUCUUUGGCAGUUUCUUAUGCAAGAUGAUGAGCACCCUGUAUACCAUUAACUUUUACAGUGGCAUCUUUUUCAUCAGCUGCAUGAGCCUGGACAAGUACCUGGAGAUUGUUCAUGCUCAGCCCCUCCACAGGCUGAGGACUCGGGCCAAAAGUCUGCUGCUUGCUGCCAUAGUGUGGGCCGUGGCCCUGGCCAUCUCCAUCCCUGACAUGGUCUUUGUGCAGAUACAUGAAAACCCCAAGGGUGUGUGGAACUGCUACGCGGAUUUUGGUGGACACGGGACCAUUUGGAAGCUCUUCCUCCGCUUCCAACAGAAUCUCCUGGGGUUUCUCCUUCCACUUUUGACCAUGAUCUUCUUCUACUCCCGCAUUGGUUGUGUCCUGGUCAAGCUGAAGCCCCCAGGCCAGGGCCGGGCUCUAAGAAUAGCUGCAUCAUUAGUACUGGCUUUCUUCUUGCUAUGGUUCCCAUACAACCUCACCUUGUUUCUGCACUCACUGCUGGACCUGCAUAUCUUUGGGGACUGCCAUGUCAGCCACCGUCUGGACUAUGCACUUCAGGUGACAGAGAGCCUUGCCUUUCUUCACUGCUGUUUUACCCCUGUCCUCUAUGCCUUCUCCAGUCGCCGUUUCCGCAGGUACCUGAAGGCUUUCCUGGCUGCUAUGCUCAGGCGGCGUCUGGUACCUGGUACUGCCCAGGCCUCAUUGUCCAACUGUUCUGAGAGCAGCAGGCUUACUAACCAAGAAGAAAUGACUGACAUGAAAGACCCUGGGGAGAGGCAGACUGAAGGAGCCAUUAACAAGGGGACUGAGGGGAAUAGUUCAGCCUGAGUGGCCAUACCACAGUCUGGAGAGAGAAGAUGACGCCUACUCAGUUGGGCUUCUGCCUGAAGCAAUCCCUCUGAGGAUCUCAGUGACCAUGCUGCUAAACCCAGUGGUCACUUUUUUAUUCCCAACCAUCAGCAUCACCUUCUCUCUCCUUGUUUCUUCCUUCAUUUUCUUCACUAGCUUUCAGGACCACACACUCUCACCUGAAUUGCUGCAAUAGUUUCCCAACUGAUCUCUGUGUUCCAAUCAUCGUGUACUUCUGUUGCUUAAUGUGCCUCCAACAGUCAGAGUGAUCAUGACACUCUUGGCUGUCCUUUCUUCGCCCUCAGAGUAGCAGCUCAAGUCCUUACAGUGCUCCUUAGAGGGCUCUGUGAUCUGUUUCCCAGCCUCUGCCCUCAUCUCCAGCCCACUCCCUCCUGCUCACUCUGCUCUGGACACACUGGCCUCCAGUGCUGUCUCCAGACAUUCCAGGCAUAUCCCUUUAAGGAGAUUCCUCUGUGCCAUCUUCCUGGAAUACUCUCCCCCUAGGAAGAGCUUGGCUCAUUCUCUCACCUCGUCAGCUCUUGACUCAGCUCCCAUUUUCUCUAUCAGAUGUUCACAAUAUUUAAUGCACAAUCUGUUGUUUCUAAUCUUCCUCCCUCGGCUCUCCUUUUUGUUUUUGUUUUUGUUUUUUUCAAUAGCACU